AUGCCGGCCACAUUUCACGUAUCCUCUCCAAUAAGCUUUCUCCCUGUCUAUCUUUUCCUAAACUGCCAAACUUCUUUCAGCCCCAACGUUUCAACCUAUUAUGCCUUGCCUCCUUCAACAAGAUUGAACGGCCCAUCUGUAAGUUUCUCUUUUUUGCUUCGUAUCCACAGCAUCUCCGUGUCUAAUUAG